UCUGAUUUUGGUAAGAGACUCACAACUGCAAACAUCCAUUUAAAGAAGGAGAUCUCUGCAUAUUGUUGCACUUUGUACUCUACGGGAAGAUCAAAUGCAGCUGUAAGAUUUAUUCAGCCACCCACCAAGAGACAAGCUUAUGCGGCUCACUCCAUCUCUCCUAUGAUUUGUCUGCUAUACAGAGGUUUUCUACAGGAAUAAGACUAUCUGACGAUCUGUAAAUAUUUUGCUGCCCAAACCAAGUUAUUUGCAUAUCACAUAAUAUAGCAUCUGUGGGACUUUUACAAGGAACCAUGCAAUUGGUUCUUAGGCACUGCUGUUUAGCACUUGCUCUAACCACAUAUCUAUUUGUGGCAGUCCGGGCAGAUUGUAGCAUGGAUUGUGCCACUUGUGCUUACCACCUGGGACAACAAGCAGAACUAAACUCUUUGGCUUGUACAUUGGAAUGUGAAGGGAAGUUGCCAUUAGCCAAAGCCUGGGGAACCUGCAAAGAGCUACUACAAGCAGCUAAAGAGGACAAUGUGCAAGAAGGAGAAAAGGACCAAGGCAACUAUAGCCACUUUAUUGCUAAAAAGUAUGGUGGUUUUAUGAAAAGGUAUGGUGGCUUCAUGAAGAAAAUGGAUGAGCUGUACCAUGUAGAACCUGAAGAUGGGGAAAAUGGGGGAGAGAUUCUUGCUAAGAAGUAUGGAGGCUUUAUGAAGAAAGAGGCUGAUACUGAUACAUCAGAUCUCCUUAGAGAGCUUUUAGCUACAAGUGGGGACCCUGAAAAUAAUGAUACACCAGAAGAGAUGAGUAAAAGGUAUGGGGGUUUCAUGAAAGGCUAUAGAAGGAGCCCAGAGGUUGAAGAUGAUACAAGAGUGUUGCAGAAGCGUUAUGGUGGCUUUAUGAGAAGAGUAGGUAGGCCUGAAUGGUGGCAGGACUACCAAAAAAGAUAUGGAGGGUUUAUGAGGCGCUUUGCUGAUUCCCUUCUCCCCUCAGAUGAAGAUGGAGAGAGCUAUUCCAAAGAAGUCCCAGAGAUGGAGAAACGAUAUGGAGGAUUUAUGAGAUUUUAACACCUUUUUUUCAAACAUAAUUGAAAAGACUGCCUCAUUGACCAUAAUUUAUUGUAAUGUGUUGCCUGCACUGUACAGUUUUUUACUGUUCUAGUUAACAAUGCAACGUGUACUCUGUAAUACCAAGGUCUGUAUUCUUUAUAAGUCAACAAAUAACGUCUGUUUGUCAAACAUUUCUAAUGUAGUUAUUAUGCUAAAAAUAUUUUUGUUACUGUAACCAUUUCUUUUAAACAGAACACAUCUACGAAUGCUUAUUGUAUAUAAAUAAAUUCUUCAUCUUAUCUGCA